AUGACACAUUUUAUUGCCGCCGUGUGUCUGGUGGGACUUUUUCUCCAAGGCAUCACAAAAUCCACACUGAGACACUCAGAGUUUCAACUGGAGGGAGAUUAUUUACUUGGUGGACUUUUUGACAUCCACUACAUCAGUUCAUCUCCUUCUCAGAAAAGACCUGAAGCCAUCGACUGUUCCAGGGAGAUUUUCCUUCUUCCAAAUUAUCGAAAGUUUCAGUUGAUGAGGUUCACGGUUGAGGAAAUAAAUAACUCCACCAACCUGCUGCCAAAUGUCACCCUUGGCUACGAGCUGUUUGACCACUGCUCGGACACUCGUAGCUUCACGGAUAUCUUCAAGCUCAUCUCCGUCAAUGGCUCCAUCCAACCUUGGCGUGAGCCGUCAAAGAAUCGGUCCAAAGUGAUAGCGCUGGUUGGUCCUUUCUCAAGCACACAUGCCCUGACUGUCGCAUCGUUUUUCAUGGUGGAUCACAUUCCUGUGGUCAGUUACGGAAGUUCUGCUUCAGUCUUUUCUGAAAAACGCAAGUACCCGUCUUUUCUACGAACUGUGCACCCCAAUCAGGACACUACAGGUGUGAUUGUCAUGAUUCUUCAACACUUCGACUGGCGCUGGGUUGCUUUCCUCCACAGCGACGAUGACUUUGGCAUUGACGGCUUGGAGAUGUUCAUUAAAAGGAUUAAAACCACCAACAUCUGCCUGGCUUAUUCCAUGGCCCUCUCUGAGGACACUGAUUACUCACUAGUCUUCAAACAGAUGGAGAAACAAAAACUAAAUGUGAUCAUUGUGUUCGCUCCAAAGUUUUACGCCGAAGCCGUCAUCAAAACUGCAAUUGAGGAGAACGUCACCAACAAAGUGUGGAUAGCGGAUGACGGGUGGUCCUUAAACAAAAUGCUCCCCAAACUGGAGGGAAUAGGAAAUAUCGGAACUGUUCUUGGGGUUGCUCAGCCAGUGGUAACAAUUCCUGGUUUUGAUGAUUUUAUCUACUUUACUGCAGAGCGGGCUCUCAAAGCAGGUGCCGAGCAGCAAAUGUUGUGCAAUCAGGUUUGCAACUGCAGAAAUCUGACUGCUGGAAAAAUUAUUGCAGCAGAUCCGUCGUUCUCUUUCCCGAUUUAUUCCGCUGUGCAUGCUGUUGCCCGGGCCUUACAUAACAUCCUGAAAUGUGAAACUGGCAGAUGUGAUGAUGCUACACUUGUGGAGCCAUUUAUGGUGGUAGAAGAACUCAGGAAGUCCAACUUCACAUUGCUGAACCAGAGUGUCCUAUUUGAUGAGAAUGGAGACCCCUAUUCUGGACACUUUUCAAUAGUUUUCUGGAACCACAGUGGCGAUGCUCAGGAGGUUGGCUUCUACUAUUUUAACCAAUCUCCUGGCUUCUACAUCAACAAUACCCAAAUUCAGUGGCACACAGGUGGAGAGGUUCCGAUCGCAAUUUGUUCCCCCGAAUGUCCAACGGGAUAUGCAAAAAAAACAACUGGAAUCCAUAAAUGUUGCUUCAGGUGUGAAAUAUGUCCACCUGAAACAUAUGUCAACAUCACAG